CUACUUGGUCAAUAAAAAUGAUUCGCGUUCUGGAGAGAGAAAAAAAAAAAACAACAACAAAAAAAAAAACGACGCGCCCUUUGUGUUUUUCCACACCUUGGGGGAGAAAUGACUUUUGGUAUUAUUAGUUGCUACGUAACAAUUUGAAAUCCUGAAGCCCAAAAUAGCCUCGAGUGUGCCACUGACCGGCUGACGGUGACCUCAGCUACAAGAGGAAGAAGAAGAGGAGAAGGAGGAAGAGGAGGAAGUGGGGUGGAAGGUGACUUAAAACGCAGAGAGUUUACUUCCAUGUCUUUGGAAGUGUUUCUUUGAGUGCGGCGGACACAUUGGACUCCGCCAUUCGUCACAGGAGUAGUUUCGCCAGUGUUUUACUAGCAAACAGCGUGUGUAGUGAAGGGGAAGAGUAACAAAAGAAAAACGAUGGCAGUACACAACCACACAGUUGUGUACUUGUCCGAGCAGGUGGCGGUGUUGUGUUCGUGCGCCAUGUCGUUCUUGGGCUCGUCGCUCAUUAUUAUCACUUACAUGAGUUUAGCGGAUUUGAGGACCACUGCGCGCAAACUGCUCCUCUUCCUCUCGGUGGCCGACUGGCUCUCGGCGGUCUCGUACGCCUUCGGAGUGUGGCGAGUGUUCGACUCCGACUCGCCGGACUGCGUCGCUCAAGGAGCGAUAUCCACCUUCGCCAACACCAGCUCCUUCUUCUGGACCGUGGCCAUCGCCGUCUACUUGUACGUGUUUAUCGUCCAGUCCAGUCAGAGGGCUGCCGACAACUUGGUGCUGGUCUUCCACCUGGUCAGCUGGGGGGUUCCUUUGGCCAUCACAGUUGCAGCCGUGUGCCUCAACAAGAUUGGCUACACUGCAUCAGAGGUGUCAGUGGGCUGGUGCUGGGUCAGAAUCCACACCCCCGACCGUGUCCUGUGGAUGCUGCUGACUGGAAAGGUCUGGGAAUUCUUGGCUUACCUCACCCUCCCCAUCCUCUACAUCCUCAUCAAGAGGCAUAUCCACACAGCGGACACCAUCAUACUCCUACCCCUCCAUGGCGGACAUGAAGCUGACUCUCAUCCCGAUUAUCUUCAUCGUGUUACGCAUUUGGAGCACAAUCCGCUUCAUUCUGCUGCUGGUUGGAUCCCCGGCGGGACAGAACCCUGUGCUGGUGACGCUACAUGGUAUCGGCAACACGUCGCAGGGAGCAGCCAACUGUAUCAUGUUUGUUUUGUUCACCGCGCCAGUCCGCACGCGUCUCUUCGCCUCGCUCUGUUGCUGCCGUGCUGGCCCGUUAGAGCAGCAGCGAGCGCAGGGCGACACUCGGGGGCUGCCGCCAGGACUGCACACCUCGAACCAGGGAGAGCACGUCAUCACCAGUGACACCCACACUGACAGGUGAUGCUUGAUUGUCCCGAAGUUGGACAAACUUCUAAGUUUCAACAGGUGUGUGUUACUGUACAUCCACAUGUUGAGAAAUGUACAGUAACCAGUGGUUACCUCUCGUGUCAUAAAAGGCAUCUCACCGUUAAAUUGGUGUUUCUACAAGCUGCUUGAAUCUAUCAUCUCCUUCGUGGACUCAAUUUAUAGAGUUCACUGUAUGUAAGAUUCAUAUCCAGUUUUGUCAAGUAUUUGCGGGGAUGAAAAAUAUGUGACUAUUCUUGGCUAUGUUGUAGAAAUAAACAGAAUUACCAUUAUUUUUUUUCAUUGUCGCGUUAUUGAACUUAAUCAUGAGCGUUAUGUAUUAUAUCUGGAAAGAAAGACGCACCAAUAAACUAAAUGUUGUUUCACUAUA